AUGGCAGACCUGUUGAUGAAGAGCUCGCGGCCAUCCUCCGACACCGAGAGAGGUUGCGGGAGGUACGGGUUGCUGACCACCGUGACGUUGACGAGGUCGUAUCGCAAUGCUCCGUGCGAUUCCGUUUAUUUGUCCGAGCGUGCCGCUGCUGCUCUCGGUGAAACUGUUCCAUGUGAUGUGCUGGUUAUCCGGGUGCAGCCGUAUCUCGCGCAGGCUCAUCCCCGCGGUGGUGCCGUCGUCCAGAAAGAGCGGGUAGAUGUGCGUCUUGUUGGGCGUGCACACGUCACUUCCCAGUACGGCGGCGCCGCAGUCGAUGAUGUUAAUGCCCGAGAGAGCGCGUCGGCCGUCAAAGAAUGUCUGCGGGUACGAGGCCAGAUCGCCCAUCACGCCGACCCUAUUGGCGGCCGGCACGCCGCAUGUCAGACACUUCCAUCCGUCGCCGUUAGAGAAGGUGGUUCCGUCCGCCUUGAGCAGGAUGACUUGGGUCCCGUUGAAUAUGCUGGCGGGAUUGGGCGGGAGCGGGGCGCCAACAUAUGUGACCGUCGCCAGGACAUUGAGCCCGUCGGAGGUGAAGUCGCCACUUUCCGAGCCCAUCGGCGCGAUGCACCCGGUGCCGUGCGGGUUGACCAGCGUGGUGCACGCACCGGGGCUGGUAUCGGCCAAGGCUGGGGGAAGGGGCAGCUCAACGACCUCGAUGGGCUCGGGGAGGGGCGGCGGAGGAUAUGUUGUGCUGAUCGUCCCUCCGCUGGCGAAGCGGUCGAGAAUGCACAAGGUAACCGCAAAGACCUUCAAGAGGGCCGUCAUCCUUUAUCGGCAAUUGGCACAGACGUCUCUACUGAAAGUUGCUGGUUUCUCCAAGAGGAAGGAUCUUGA